AUGACAGAGGAGGGCAGCACGCACCAACUGCGGCCAUCCUUCAAUGAGCGCUUUAAGGCUCCGGCGGUCAAGGUCCUCCUCGGCUCGGUCCUUUCCGAGCGUCUCGCAGACAAGAGCUACUCGGCGGAUGGCGCGGCGCAGUGGUCAAAGGAGAUAUCGGACGAGAUUAAGAGCAGGCAAGGGCUCAAGGCAGAGUUUGACCUACCGCGCUACAAGUUUGUGGUGCAGGAACACGCCGGGCACACGGCGACUGAGAGCUGCGAGUCGCUUGGCGGUAGGUUUGCAGGCCGAUGCUUGUGGGACCACAACACUGACGCCUUCGCCGAAGACUCUUACCGUAAUGACUCCCUCUUCUGCGUCGCCUCCGCCUAUGGCGUCUACCUGUACUAG